UUCAACUUGGGCUCCGGAGCCGGUGCUCCUGCUGGUGCGGUGCAGUCUCAGCUCUCCACCGGACCGGUAUGCACUAUCCGCGGAGGAGGAAGUGAGCCGUCCUGACCGAGAAAGAUGCAGGCGGAGGACAUGGAGGUACCUAUCAUUAAUAACCUUAUCGAUAACGGCGACAGGCAGAAGCCGAAAGGGAAAGAUGUGUUCAAGGAUCAGCAGGAGAAGUCGGAGAGCUCCAUGGAGUCUCCAAACCUGGAGUUUGAGUAUGGAGACACCGACACGCUGACUGCUGAGCUUUCGGAGCUCUACAGCUACACAGAGGAGCCGGAGUUCGCCCUGAACAGAGACUACUUUGAAGAGGACUUCAAGAGCCAUGCUCGAGGCAGGAGGUGGAUCGAGCUGACAGUGGAGGAGCAGAGGGCGUAUGUGAUGAGGCUGCUGGACGCGCUGGAGGUGACGGACAGAGACAAGAGGCUGAAGGUGGCCAGGGCCAUCCUCUACCUGGCGCAGGGAGUUUUUGACGAGUGCGACACAGAGGUGGACGUGCUCCACUGGUCCAGACACAAUGUGUUUCUCCUCUACGACAUGGGCAUCUUCACAGCGCUGCUGGAGCUGCUCAGCAUGGAGAUAGAUAACAGCCAGGCCUGCAGCAGUGCAGUGAGGAAGCCUGCUAUCUCUCUGGCAGACAGCACAGAACUCAGAGUACUACUGAGCAUCAUGUACCUGAUGGUGGAGACCAUCAGAGUGCAAACAGAGGACGACAGGCCUGAGUGGAGAACGGCCAGAGAGGCGUUUAAGAAUGAACUAGGCUCACCUCUGUACAACGGCGAGCCCUUCGCCCUGCUCCUCUUCACCAUGGUGACCAAGUUCUGCAGCAUGAACGCCCCGCACUUCCCUAUGAAGAAAGUAUUACUGCUGCUCUGGAAGACAAUACUGUUCACCUUGGGGGGCUUUGAGGAGCUCCAGGAAAUGAAGGUCCGUGGCCGGGAGCGUCUGAACCUACCCCCUCUCCCAGAGGACAGCAUCAAGGUGGUGAGGGCGAUGAGAGCAGCGUCUCCUCCGGCCUCCGCCAUGGAGCUCAUCGAACAGCAGCAGCAGCAGAAGAGAGGCCGCCGCAGCCGCAGGAGUGCCUUUGUUGAUAGCUUGGAAGGAGACAGUCCCUUUCCCAAGAAGCAGCCUCUGGUCAAGCAGGACAGCCUGGACACCUACAACGAGCGGGACCCCUUCAAGAACGACGACGCCCGGGAUGAGGAGGAGGACCCAGAGGACACGGACAGCGGCAUCGAGGGAGAGGUGGACCCCUUGGACCGUGACGUCAUCAUCCAGCCUCCGCCGCCUCCACCUCCCCUCAGACCCCCCACAGAGAGGGUUAACUUCCCCAAGGGGCUGCCAUGGGCCCCUAAAGUCAGGGAGAAAGACAUCGAGCACUUCCUGGAGACGAGUAGGAACAAGUUUAUCGGGUUUACCCUGGGAAAUGAUAUAGAGACCCUUGUGGGCUUACCCAGACCCAUUCACGAGAGCGUCAAGACUCUGAAACAGCACAAAUAUGUGUCCAUCGCUGAAGUCCAGAUUAAAAGGGAGGAUGAGCUGCAGCAGUGUCCGCUGACUCUGGGCGAGGAGGAAGUGGAGGAGACACCAGCAGAGAUGUUGUACCUGGGCAUGCUUCCUAACCUCUCCCAGUACGUGAUCGCCCUCCUGAAGCUGCUCCUGGCUGCAGCUCCAACCUCCAAAGCCAAAACUGACUCCAUUAACAUCUUGGCCGACGUGCUGCCCGAGGAAAUGCCUAUCACAGUCCUUCAGAGCAUGAAGCUGGGAAUCGAUGUGAACCGCCACAAGGAAAUCAUCGUCAAGGCCAUCUCGGCUCUGCUGCUGCUGCUGCUUAAACACUUCAAGCUCAACCACAUUUAUCAGUUUGAGAUUGUCUCCCAGCAUCUGGUAUUUGCCAACUGUAUCCCACUCAUCCUCAAGUUCUUCAAUCAGAACAUCAUGUCCUAUAUUAGUGCCAAAAACAGUAUAUGUGUUUUGGAUUUCCCCCACUGUGUGGUUCAUGAGAUGCCUGAGCUGACUGCUGAGAGCCUGGAAGCAGGAGACAGUAACCAGUUCUGUUGGAGGAACCUCUUUUCUUGCAUCAAUCUUCUGAGAAUACUGAACAAGCUGACCAAAUGGAAGCACUCGAGAACAAUGAUGCUGGUGGUUUUCAAAUCUGCCCCUAUCCUGAAGAGGGCGCUGAAGGUGAAGCAGGCUAUGAUGCAGCUCUACGUUCUCAAAUUGCUCAAGAUCCAGACCAAGUACCUGGGCCGCCAGUGGAGGAAGAGCAACAUGAAGACAAUGUCAGCCAUCUACCAGAAGGUCCGCCACAGGCUCAACGACGACUGGGCUUAUGGAAACGACAUCGAUGCCCGGCCCUGGGACUUCCAGGCGGAGGAGUGCGCCCUGCGGGAGAGCAUCGAGAAGUUCAACAGCCGUCGCUAUGACAGGAACCGCAACGGAGAGUUCACACCAGUGGACAACUGCCUGCAGAGUGUGCUGGGCCAGCGUGUGGACCUGCCCGAGGACUUCCACUACAGCUACGAGAUGUGGCUGGAGAGAGAGGUGUUCUCACAGCCCAUCCAGUGGGAAGGGCUGCUGCAGAAUCCGUGAUGGCCAGGAGGAGGAGAAGGACGAGGAGGUUAAGGGGAACAUGGCAGAGUAGCUAGAGAGAAGUUUAAAGGGUUGUUAUUUCAUAGUGGGAAGGAGGGACAACCGGGGUUUUACUGUGCAUCAGUGAUGGAGGGAUGGGGGAGGGGUGAAGAAAAAGAAGCUGGUAGAGAAGAUGGAGAUGAAGCAUUCUACUGCAAGAUCAGCACAAAAAAAAAUGCCACACAAACACAAGCAUGACAUUAACAUGUGCCUACUGUAAACGCACAUGGACAUGAAGGCAACAGAGGUAGCAGCUAAUGAGAAACCGCUGUAGCAGGAGAAGUCUCAGUCUAUUUUACUGCCCUUCUCCUGAUUUUAAACACAAAUAUGACCACUUUGUCCAUUUCUAAGUCCCCCUUUUUUAAAACUUCUGUGAUUUUUUGACUUCCUAUUUAUUUUAUAUUAAUGUGUAAGGUCAAACUUCCUAGGAUGAAUACUUUUUUUUUAAAUGAAGGUGUAAAUUUUUUAUAAUUUCAAACAAGUUUUUUGUCUUUUUUUUAUUUUUGAAAAAUGUAAAGUUGGUGUAAGAUGUAGAUUUUAGAUGAUGGAGUUCAAAGUUUUCUUAGAGGAACAAAGGCCUUUUGGAUGAAAACCACAGGGUCAUUUCUGAAACUAGAAAUGGGUGUAUUUCAAAUAAUAACAGAAUAUUAUUAUGUUGCCAAAAAGGAGAAGUAUAUACCAGCUAUGAGUGUACAAAAACGAGGGCAAGAACAAUAUGAGCCUUUAUGGAGAGACUGUAUCCUGUUUGUUUGAUUUUUAAAUAGAAAUUUCACCUUUAAUAGAAUUCCUGCAAUCCAGGUCUCCUAAAAAGUUGGUAUUUUUUAAUUUCAGAAGUAGAAAUCACAGAACAAAAUCUGUAAUAGCCAAUGUCAUCUGGGAUUGAUUAAUCCUCAAGUGUCAACUCUGAAUGGUUCCUUAGAAAAGAUAAAGGUGACACAUACCUGUUAACACAGUUCCUGUAGUCUUUAUGAAACAUCUGUCUUGUUUUGGCCAAAAUAUAACAUGGGGGAUGUUUCAAACCAACUCUAAACAACCUUUUCUAAGAACUUCUUUAAUGUGUACAGCUGUGGCACCUCCAUGGUUCUGGUUGAAUAUUAAUAGGUGAAGACAUAGUAUAUGUAGACGCUGAAUUGACUGCUUAUACAUCAACAUCGCCGCCAUAUUGGUGGAGGCAGGUCUGCCAUAUAGGGCAAUACAAGUAGAAGAGGAAUAUGUGAGAAUAAAAAGCACAAACGAGAAUAUUAAAUUGGUUUUAAUGAAUUGUGUCAUACUCAAUGGCCCUAACAUAUGUAGUAAGUACUAACAAUGACAACCUCUUGGACCAGUGGCUUUCCAAGGGUGGAAGAGGGAGCCUACCUAGGAGAAAACAAUCUAUUCCGUGGACCCCCACCCCCAUAAAAAAAUAAGAUUAAAGGUCAAAUAUGCAAAAUUCACUUUUUCUGGCUUUUCUAACAAAAAUACAUGCCCGUGGCCUGUCCACAAUCCCCCCAAGAAUAA